AUGUCGACCCCUAUACCACAGCCACCAGGCUAUCCGCUGCUCGGCAACCUGACAGACAUCGAUCCCAAAUCACCCUUUCAAUCUAUUAAACAACUCGCACAGAAGUAUGGUGAGAUCUUCAAACUGUCUACACUCGGUUCAGAUAGGUACAUCUUGUGUUCAGAACGGCUUGCGGCAGAGGCUUGCAAUGAGACUCGAUUCGUGAAGGGCGUCAGCGAAAACCUCAAGCAGGUUAGGAAUGGGGUUGGAGAUGGACUCUUCACGGCUUUUCAUGGUGAACACAAUUGGGAACUGGCGCAUCGGACUCUGGUCCCGGCCUUCGGUCCACUUGGCAUCACAGACAUGUACGACGAAAUGUAUGAUAUAGCUACACAACUGGUAUCGAAAUGGGCCAGGACCGACCCUGAUGAGCCAAUCCAGGUGACAGAAGAUUACACGCGUCUGACCCUCGAUUCUAUUGCUCUUUGCGCUAUGGAUAAACGAUUCAAUUCGUUCUACCACGAAGAAAUGCACCCCUUCGUAGAUGCUAUGACAGGGUUCCUGCGAGAGUCAGGAGCGAGAUCUCGAAAGACUCGACUAGAGCUUCUACUCAACCAAGGACCAACGCGACAAUAUGAAAAGGACAUUGCGCUCAUGAGGUCGGUGGCACAAGAAGUCAUUGAUAAACGGAGAAGGACACCUACUGACAAACACGAUUUGCUGAAUGCUAUGCUCUUUGGGAAGGACCCUAAAACAGGCGAACGUCUAUCUGAUGAAAGUGUUAUGAACAACAUGAUCACGUUUCUGAUAGCUGGUCACGAGACGACGAGUGGCCUUUUAGGCUUUACGACAUAUUACCUAUUAAAGAACCCAGAAGCUCUACGGAAAGCUCAGGAAGAGGUCGACAACGUCGUUGGUAGAGGUCCUGUCCGGUUCGAGCACAUGUCAAAACUACCUUACAUCGAAGCCAUUCUACGGGAGUCGUUGAGGCUUUCGCCAACUGCUUCAGCCUUUUCUGUAACUCCCAAACCAGGCACCACAGAACCUGUCCUUCUUGGUGGAGAAUAUCUUGUGCCUCCAAAUGCCAUACUUAUCUGCUGGCUACCUGAGAUACAGCGCGAUCGCACUGUAUACGGCGAUGAUGCAGAAGAUUUCAAGCCAGAACGAAUGCUUUCAGAGAAUUUCACGAAGCUACCAUCAGCUUCUUGGAAACCUUUUGGUAAUGGUGCCAGAGGUUGUAUCGGAAGACCAUUUGCCUGGCAGGAGGCAGUCUUAGCACUUGCAUUAAUACUACAGAACUUCAACCUUCACAUGGCAGAUCCCGGAUAUAGUCUCCAGAUCAAGCAGAACUUGACGAUCAAGCCGGACAACUUUUACGUCAAGGUCUCACUUCGGCCUGGAAUAGAUACAACCAAUAUUGAGCGGAGAAUGUUCGGCGACCUUGCGGCUUCAGUGCAAGAAAGAGCUACAACCGCAGCGACUGUGAAGAAUGUGGGCGAUCUAAAGCCCAUGACUGUGCUUUACGGGUCCAACUCUGGCACAUGUGAAGGUCUGGCACAAAAACUUGCUUUAGCCGGUAACUCCCAAGGCUUUUCAGCAGCAGUGAAGCCUCUUGAUUCUAUUGUGGAUCAAUUUCCGAAAGAGCAUCCUGUCGUUCUUAUCAGUGCCAGCUAUGAAGGAUGUCCUCCAGAUAACGCAGCAUUAUUUACAGAAUGGCUGAAGACAGCCGAUGAAUCGAAAUUCAAAGGAGCGCAGUAUUCUGUCUUCGGCUGCGGACAUACAGAUUGGAUGCAGACUUACCAGAAGAUACCCACGCUUUACGACGACCAAUUGUCCAGCAAAGGUGCUCAACCUAUUAUUCCACGAGGUCAUACGAAUGUGGCAACCGGCACAAUAUUUGAUGACUUCGACGCUUGGUCCGAUCAACUAUGGUCAGCUCUAGGUGGAGAGUCAUCCACUGUCACCGAGGGUCUUGAUAUGGAGCUUAGCAGUCGCAGUCGAGCAUCACAUUUGCGCUAUGCUGUACAAGACGCGCUUAUCGUCAAGAACGAGCUUUUGACGUCAGUUGAUGCUAGUUCUGAGAAGCGAUACAUCGAGUUCAGACUUCCAACAAAUGCAUCGUAUGAAACAGGAGAUUACCUAGCCCUCCUACCCAUCAACGACUUUUCAGUCGUGUCAAGAGUUCUCCGUCGAUUCACACUUCCCUGGGACGCCACAAUGAAGCUCAAGAAAGGCUCCCAUAGUACUAUCCCAACAGAUACCGAGAUGUCUGUAUCCUUGGUCCUCGCCUCCUAUGUCGAACUCAACAUGCCGGCCACGAAGAAAAACCUUCGAACGAUAGCCAGCUACAUGGGUGACAAAGCCGACACUAUUGAUCUAACGGCCUUAGAUCAGCACUCACCAUUAGACAUCCUCGAAGCACAUCCGGACCUCGAUAUUCCCUUCUCAGUAUACCUGUCCAUGCUCCCCUCAAUGCGCAUCCGCCAAUACAGUAUAUCGUCCUCACCACUCGCUGACCCCUCCAUCGCAUCAAUCACAUUCAGUCUUGCCGGCGAUGGCACCACGAGCUCUCAUCCUGGCGUCGCGACGAACUACCUCAAGAAACUCCAGCCAGGCUCAACAGCGCAGGUCUCAAUUCGCAAAUCGCCAGCACCGUUCAACCCACCAGCUGACACGUCUAUUCCUCUCGUCAUGAUCUGCGCAGGAACAGGCGUAGCACCUUUCCGAGGCUUCGUACAAGAUCGCGCAGCGAGGAUCACCUCCUCCAAGUCAUCCAACAAUUUCGCUCCCGCGAUUCUAAUCAUUGGCUGUCGUGAUCCAGCGAUCGAUGCUCUCCACACCGAAGAGCUCAAGAAGUGGGAGGCUGCGGGCGCGGUCAAGCUGUACUACGCUUACUCAAGAAAGCCGGAGCUAUCGGAUGGGUGUAAGUAUGCGCAGGACCGGCUGUGGAGAGAACGUGCAGAGGUCGCGGCGCUAUUUAACAAGGGAGCCAAGGUUCUCAUAUGUGGAAGUUCGGCGCUAGGAAAGGGUGUGAAUGAAGUCGUUGCGCGGAUUACUGUUGAUCGAGAGAAAGAGAAGGGACAUGAGAUUACGGAAGAGGAUGCUAAGAAAUGGUGGGAGAAGUUGCGGAACGAGCGGUAUGCUGUUGAUGUCUUUGACUAG